AUGAAGUCGUUGGCCUUAAACUUGUUCCAAAAACUACUUCCACUUUUAAUGGUGUCGCUGUUGUUAUUGUUGGCAACAACCUCCUUAGCCACAACAACAGCAUCGGCCGUGGAAGUAACAUCCUCAACACCAUCAUCAUCGUCUGCAAGGCGCAAUCAAUUCGCUGGGCGAACUAGAUUUUCUUUCGUACGAACAACAACACCAGUGCCACCAUCAUUACCAAGGCCCCCACAAUUGAGACGUCGUCUUGGCACCACCACAACCGUGAGUAGUAUAUCAGCGGCCGCCCCCACCACCAGCACUACCACCACAACAACAACAUCGUCGCCUGCAACGUCGGCAAAGAUGGCCCAACGACAAAGACGUCUGCCACAGGCAAGGCAGCACGCGGCAACAUCCACGAAAAUUACCACCUCUAAGCCACCAGAAAUUUUAGGUGAAGCGCCAACAACAACAUUGGCUUCGACACGGCUUGUUAGGCAUGUGGAUGCGACCACCCCUAAAUCGAAUAGCAACAAUAAUGAUGAUGAUAGUAGUAGUGGCGGCAUACGACAACAUCGUAGUUUUCAUAGCAACAGUCGCAAUGAUCGUUCAUCAGAUGUCGUGGUCGUCGUCCGCAAUGGGGAACAUGGGGAAAAAAUUCAGCAUAAAAAUCAAUUUUCUACGAAACGACGAACAUUUGGACGAGGGGCCGACGUCACCACUGAAGGUACCAUCAACAGUUCCUCAGAGAGUCCCUCGACAAGAUAUCAACGCUUUAGAACGACAACAAACAGCAACAAUAGGCUGCAAUCAUCAUCGUCGUCGACAACGGCUCACUUUGAUGGCCGACGACAAUCAUCGAAAAUCACUUCUUCAGCGGAUGACUAUGGUCCUACAAAGACCACAAGCACCACGACAACGACAACACCGCCACCGUCACCGCCAACUGGCAAUUCCAACAACAUAAAAUUGACAACUCGGCACAAUCAGCAGACACCAAAAACCCCUCGUAUGAUUCAUCGGCUAGUUGCUGGUCACAUACAAAAUAAUGAUAAUCGAGCUUCAGCCUCAAACACGAACAAUAGUACCAGAGUAAGAUAUAUUUUGCCAGUAAAUCACAAGGAGGAAGACGCAUCUUCCUUGGAAUCUCAGAAUGCCGGGGUACUAAGCAGUAGCUUUAGAGAUAAUAAAUUAAAUGCCAAUAUACGAAUAGAUAGCCGAACGACAACGGAAACACCCAACAAUUCCACCCACGAAGACAACGACUAUCAUGACGAUGAUGAGGCCUUGCUCGAUGAUUCUGGAGAUUUUGAUAAUUGGGAUAAUGGAAUUCUACGGCUAAGUGCAGGAUCGGGUAAAGAGAAUACAUUGAAAUCGAAAAAGAAUAAAGAUGACUCCAAAAAGACCCUGGCCGAUCAGGUUAAGGAUGGUAAAUAUGGACUAAUUGAAAAAGAAUUAUUUCGUAGACCCCCAAAGAGACCGGGAGUUUUAAGUUAUCUACCCAAUAAAGAAGUACCCGAAGAUAAUGAACGUAAUUAUGGUGGUUUAAAUGAGGAGGAUAUUUGGUUGGCCGAGGAUCAUUUGUUGGUCAUCAAGGGUGGCAGUUUGAAUGAGGAUAAUGCUGCCGAACCGUGGCCAGCAAUUGAUGAUUACAAUGCCGCCGGUAGGCAAAUUAAAAUUCCCGACAAUCCCAAAGUUCCGCCACCCUUUCCUGUCCAACUCGAAGAAAAUGGCCCCGUACAGCUUAUCGGAAAUAAUAAACUCACGGUCGUCUAUCCGAUCGCUAACGAACCGUUAUCGCUUUAUACCAGCCCAGGCUCAGAGGUCCACAACGCAUCGCCCGAAAGUGAUAGUGACGACGAGAAAAAUCUUAUUACCCGGCCGGGAGCGGUUAAAGGCGUUAAAGAGAACGAAGAUGCCGCGGGUUACAACUACGCGUCGCCCUCACUCCCUUGGCUUGUUGCGAACAACCAAACGUUUGUUGAUCAGGCGUCACCGAUAAAUAAUCAGGUUAAUUAUCCGGUUUUGGGGCCAUUCUUGUAUGGGCGCAAUGGUUCUCUGGAUAAUGCCACUGAUGAUUUUGAUGAGGAUGAUCCAUCGUUGUAUUAUCCUCCGCCAUAUAGUUUUGUCUAUAAGAGUAAUUAUUCGAACCCCGUGCCACCAGGGCCAUUGGUACCGGGUAUUGUUGUGCCACCACCCCCAGAUCAGUUUGGAAAAUUGGAGAAAUCGGAGAAGGAAAGGAGGCCAGUGGUCAGCGGUGGGGGUUCCACACCACCGAUACGGUAUAGGGUAUAUAGUACCACAACAACAACAACACCAAGGCCAUAUUACACCAGCACGACGCCACCACCAACAACAACGACAAGUACUACAACAACGACGACAACAACAACCACGACCACAACAGAAUCUCCAUAUCGAAAUGCAAUUACGAAAAUUACCGAAUACACACCGAAGAUUAUUCACAUUGCUAGUCCAUCUCCGCGGCCGGUCUAUACACCCACAGCCUCACCGGCAAUUGGUUCAAGAUUACCGCCCCCAACAACAACAUCUUCGCCAAUACCAAAUCGGAAUUCAUUGCAAAAUAUACAACCAGUUCCGGUUCCUGUGGCCGUACCCAUACCCAUAUAUCCAGCCAAUGUGGAACAACCGAAUAUACGACCUGGCACCAUUUCCUUUGUACCCACCACUCCCGAACCGAAUGUGGAAAGUUUCUCGAAGUCGAAUCCAAUUUAUUAUGAAUACUUCGAGGCUAAACGACAACACCACCAACAAGGUACCUCACAGCUAUUCGAUGAAUUCCUUUCCAGCACUGUUAAACCAUAUCCAACACCUUCACCGAAACCCAUUAAGCUAUACAAUACCAGUAAGAGGCCAUAUAAGAAUCGGUAUCAACAAAAUAUUGUCCCGUCCAAUCACCGAUAUGUGGAUGAAAAUAUUGUGGUAAUAACUCCCAAACCUGAGGUGAGACUCAAGCAGAGACCUUACUACAAACAAAGGCCUUUGCAAAAUUUCGAACAGGAAGUUACAAAUGUGCGGGACAGCAGCUUGCGUUAUUAUCAAAAUCAAGAGCUACGGGAUAACAAUAUACCCAGGACACCCAAGGCCAAACCGGUAUACGAUUACAGCUAUGAUUCCGUUAAGGCUGUAACUCCAGAGGGUGUACGCAACACCUUCCAGCCUCCAUUGGAAUACGAUGUGGAACCAUUCCAGCCAAUGGUAACUUACAGCCCUCCCGCAGGUGAUGAUGAUUCAUUUAAGGCCGUCAAUGUAGACAAGGCCGAUAAUAUUGCAUUGCAACCUCAGGGUCGAGAAGAGACGGAAGGACGUGAACAGGACCUCUAUUCACAACAACAACCGAAAUAUAUAAGUACCACCACCCUGGUGCCAGUGCCACAACAACCUGAAAGAUCAAAGAAGUUGCGACAACAACAACAGCAGGUGGAAUAUAAUCGCUGGGUUGCCAUAAAUAAACAGGAGUUUGAAACCAGAUAUACCGCUCCAGAUAAUCUGCCACGGCAACGAGAACGUUAUCAAGAACAAGCGGUUCUACAGCCCCAAGCGCAAAGAAAUCGUGAUGGUUACUAUUAUGGCCCAGCCAGGCAAAAUAAUCGCUUCUAUGAAGAACCCUUUCAGAAUGCACCAAAUCGGAAAAUUAUCAAUUAUAGGCCACCCGCACCACCAACAAGUGCUCCCCAGGUUGUCCAGCAACAACAGCUUUCACCACAACCUGUCUGGAGUUUAGAAAAUGAUACCUAUGUCAAUUAUGCACCCAAUCGUCCUCCACUAAAUCCCGAAGCAGAAUUCAUUAAUCCAUAUCAAACAAUACCGGUGAAUACAUAUCAACAGCAGCAGCAACAACAACAGAGGCUAGGGGCCUAUCAGCAACAACAGCAGCAGUCACCACCAGCCUUGUCACAUCAAUCGCAAUAUUAUGCACCACCUCCUCCUUCACUUUCCCAGCAACGGCUUCCCAGUCGCCAAUUCCAAUCCCCACAACCUGUGUCAUUACACCGUGACAUUCUAGUGAAUUAUCGCCAACCUCUACCACCCAUUAAUCCCGACAGCGAAUAUAUAUCACAUCCUCAGGUGGUACGCCAGCCUGUUCCACCAAUCAAUACCUAUUAUCGUAACGUUAAUCAAUAUCGUCCCGCUGCCAUUCCAGUACCAAAUCUAAAUAUUGAAAGUGAAGCGGAUGUUUAUUUUCUAACGCCGAAAUUUCGACGUGCCAAUAAUUUAAGUCAAAAUAACCAGAACAACAAUGAUAAUAAUAAUGCCGAUAGCAGAAAUUCGCCAUCGCCGAAUGGAAAGUAG